AUGAGAGGCCUGGGUGCUAGAAUCAAAAGAAGUGCCCUCAGGAAGCUUAUCAAUGCCCAUGAACCCAUCUUCAUCGCCAUUCAAGAAACAAAACUCGAGUCUUUCUCGGAUAAAAUUAUCCAAUCCUUUUGGAAGAACAAAGAUAUUGAUUGGAUCGCUAGCCCAUCAGUGGGCCUUUCUGGUGGCCUUAUCUCCCUCUGGUCCAAAACUUUCUUCACAAUGUCUGCCAACACAAGCACCAGAAACUGGAUUGCAAUUCAUGGUACGCUCCUCACAGGGAAUCACAAAUGCUCCAUUAUCAACAUUUAUAACCCUUGUUCGAUAGAAGGAAGGGCAGAAGUCUGGUGUGACUUGGCCGAAUACUUGAAGAAUCAAGCCUCACCUUAUAUUCUCAUAGGGGAUUUUAAUGAAGUCCUCACUCUCACUGACCGCGGAAGCCUUACUGCAUCUCAAACUGGAAUGGCAGAGUUCCAAUCUUUCAUUCAUGAAUUACAGGUGAUCGAGAUUCAAUCAAACAACAGAUACACUUGGUUCCGGGGAAACUCCAAAAGCAAACUGGAUAGAGUCUUUGUGAGCCCCGAAUGA